AUGGCCAUGGCCGGCUUGCUCGGAACAGCCGUAGGACAGGCUGCCGUCUGGGGACAGUGCGGUGGGACUGGAUGGACCGGUCCUACUGCUUGCGUGUCAGGAAGCACCUGCGUUUACUCGAACGAGUGGUAUAGCCAAUGUAUCCCAGGUACCCAAACUACAACCGCCAUUACAACAUCUAAGACUACCACGAAAUUGACCACAACGGGCACAACGACUAAGACCACGACGCCGGCGGGCACGACAGCUCCAACGGCAGCUUCAUUUAUCUUAGCCGGCGACUCAACAGUCACAAAUGACAAAGGCUGGGGCGGGGCCUUCUGCUCACGCGUUUCAUCAGUGGCCUGCACAAACUUCGCACACUCCGGCACAACAACCAUAACUUUCAAAUCUCUCGGUGACUGGUCCAAACUUAUCGCUGCCGUAAAAGCCGCUCCGAAACCUUGCUAUGUACUGAUUCAAUUCGGCCACAAUGAUCAAAAAGUCCUUUCGCAGUCGGAAUUCCAAACUAAUCUUCAAAAUAUGGGUAAUGAGAUUAAAGGGAUAUCCGGUGCGGUUCCGGUAUUCGUAACAAGUCUUUCUCGGAGAGGUUUUAGCGGUGGAAAGGUUUCGGAUUCCUUGGAGACAUGGAUGGUUUAUACACGGAACGCUGCAAAUGUAAUUGGUGCGAAGUAUAUUGAACUAUUGCAGACGAGUAUUGGAUAUCUUAACGGCAUUGGAGAGACUGCGGCACACAAGAUGGAUUAUGAGAGCGGCGAUAGUACACAUUUGAACUCCUGUGGUGCAGGCGUUUUCGCGAGAAUGGUGGGAGAUUUGUUGGUUCGGAAACCGGUAGUCGCGCAGAGUAGUAUAAAAAUUGAUGGUGCGACGACUGGGAAGAUUGAUGCUAAGCAGGCAAUUUGCUGA